UACCAUUAUUGAGCACAUCUUGAGCAAGGAGGGGGUCUCUGCCUCGCCGAGGAGGCUAUGUUAGAGCCACAUAAACACAUUCAAAGAUGUGUCUCCAUGCAUUCUGGCAGCCCGACUGAGCCACGACUGCCACGCUGAAUGAAAACAGAGAAAUCAGGGGGAGAGACAAAGAACAACCACCAAGCAAACUACCACACCAUUUCUGCAGGGUCUUGCCCAUUUCCCUCUCUCUCGGAUUGUGAGAGCACGUCUGACAGGGAAGAGAGGAAAACAGGGGAGAUCUACCGGCAGAUUCGUCCCCCAGGCUCCCAAUUACAACCCGUGUUUCCACUUUGAACUAGAAGCCACAGCACAAACAAAUACAGGGAUGCUCUGACUAAAAACAAAGAAGAGAAGAGGAGAAUAAGAAAUCAAGAGAGACAAAGAGUGAGAGAAGGAGGGAUUUUCAAUGAAUGGAGCAUGCAGCAUCAUGUGGUGGAAAUAACUGCAUUUACGUAAGAUGACCCCUCUUGUGUCCACAGCCGCCCGCUAAGGACGUGACUGCCCACGUGGUCUGUCUAGAUGCCAGCAGCUCCCUCUCAGAGCCCCUGACGUCCCCUGGCAAUCUGAGAAAGACAUCCUCAUCCUCCGUUUACACACUCUUGACCCCCCGGUCUGCGAGGAUUAUUGAGUCUCUGGAUUACUGAAGUGUCCGGUUUAGCCGUGGGAGAAAGGGCACACUAUUACUUGUAAUGACCAGACAUAGAACCAAUCCUGGAGAUGCCGAAGAGAAGAGAUAUUCUUGCCAUCGUGUUGAUUGUGUUACCAUGGACCCUCCUCAUCACUGUGUGGCACCAAAGUGCAAUUGCCCCCCUGUUUGCCAUCCGAAAGGUCUGUCACCAUCUAGUAAAAGAGAUCUUAAUCAUACCAGAGCGUCUAACCAUCCACCGGCAACGGCUAGCAGAUGACGGGACAGAGACUAGGCACGACACUGGACCAGCCACAGACUCAAAGGAAUAUUGCUCACAGGACAAGGACAUAGUGGAGGUGGUCCGUACAGAAUACGUGUACACAAGACCUCCUCCCUGGUCUGAUGUAUUGCCCACCAUCCACGUCAUCACUCCGACAUACAGCCGCCCCGUGCAGAAGGCCGAGCUAACACGAUUGGCUAACACCUUCCUCCAUGUGCCCAACCUGCACUGGAUUCUGGUCGAGGACUCUCAGAGGAGAACUCCACUGGUCACGAGGCUUCUGAGGGAAACGGGGCUGAAUUACACACACCUCAAUGUGGAGACCCCACGGAACUACAAGCUGCGAGGGGACACGAGAGAUCCCAGGAUUCCACGUGGCACCAUGCAGAGAAACCUGGCUCUGAGAUGGCUACGGGAGACCUUCAAAUCCAACAGCAGCCAGGCAGGAAUCGUCUACUUUGCUGAUGACGAUAAUACAUACAGCUUGGAGCUGUUUGAGGAGAUGCGAUCGACUCGUAAAGUAUCAGUGUGGCCUGUAGCAUUUGUUGGAGGUUUACGAUACGAGUCUCCAAAGGUCAAUGCAGCAGGAAAAGUGUACGGGUGGAAAACAGUAUUCGACCCUCACCGGCCCUUUGCCAUUGACAUGGCGGGGUUUGCGAUCAACCUGCGACUCAUUCUGUUUAAGCCUCAGGCCUACUUCAAGUUACGAGGGGUGAAGGGAGGCUACCAGGAGAGCAGUCUUCUCAGAGAGCUGGUCACUCUCAGUGACCUGGAACCCAAAGCGGCCAACUGCACUAAGAUUCUUGUGUGGCACACACGAACAGAAAAACCUGUCCUGGUGAACGAAGGAAAGAAAGGCUUUACAGACCCAAACGUGGAGAUCUGACACCUGCUUCAGUGUUGGGAUGCCCCCAGAAGGACCCAAAAGGGGAUGGCAGGGAAAUAUUACCCAAUACCAGAUUUUUGAACAGUUUGGAUGCUUAUUCCUAUAAACCACACCUAAACAAGCUCAACAAUAUGGACCUAUUAUUCUAAAGCACAGAUUAGUCUUUUUUUUUUAAGGCAAUAUCAUCAGUAUUUUGCAAGAACAAAACCAGAGGGCACUAGACAGAAAGGAAAUUAAGUAUAUUGAUGAAGGAACAUGUGAGAACUGCUAAAACUCCUCACUUCCAUGGAUUUAUAAACUCUGGCUGAAGAGGAGACACAAAAAAUGGCCACAACAGUCUCAAAUACUGACCAAGAGCGAACUGUUAUCCAUCUAUGAACCCAUCUAUGAUGUUCCUUCAUGUCUAAUGGAUUGAUACUUAAACAUAAAGAAGGGAAUGUCUUCUUUUUACAUAAUGUGUAUUUUAAGUUUGUUUUUGUUGUUUACAUUACUGUCUUGCUAGCACAGCACUACUGAUAUUUUGCCUUCAAAUUCAGCGUCACUUUGCAGUAUUAAAUCAGUUCUAUCAUAUACCAGGGCUAGAUGCUAUACUGGAUUUAGUGAUUACGAAGUUGUAACAAGGUUCUCAUGACUAAGACCUAAAUGAUAUGAAUAGCACUCAAAUUUGUUCCUGUGCGUCCAUUGUUCCUGUUAGGACAUGCGUUGUAAAUAUAAUUUAAAGAUGAACAAUCAGAGACUUUAAAAUAAAGUGGUCUAGCAUUCAACAGAACAAACAAUGUAACUUCUGUGUUUGUUACUGUAUCAGUUUAAAGUAAGAAUCCAUAGUUUACUAUUACAACUUCCAUAAAACUUCACACGUUCACAGUAGUUAAACCAAAGGAGAUAAAACUGAUGUGUAGGGUUUUACAAUGUUAGUAUUCAGUAUUAAUUGGGCUAGCCUCCGAGAGCAGCACAGAGCUCACCUUAGUAAAUAUUCAGAUGUAUUUAUGUCAAACCGAAGCUUUGGGCUUUGUAGUGGGGAUCUGUCAUGAAGACAUGUUGCUGUACUAAUGAAGCUAAUACCGAGACACCUGGGAAUCUCGAGUGAACAGAAUGUCUUUGCAUAAAACUGUGAGCAUGUGAAUAUUAAAGGCACAUCAAUGAAACUGCAUGUGCAAAAAAUCUUAACCUGUACUAAUUUUACGAUAAAUCUGGCGUGAUUAGCAUUAGACAAAAUUUGUGGAUCUCUUUAAGCUGCCUUUUCACUGCUUACGUCAGAUUAUAAACCCAAAUUUUUUCACAAUGAUCCGAUCCUCUGUGGACAAUAGCGUUGUUAAAAAUGAGGUUCUCCAUUGGGACCUUAAGUGAUACCAUUGGCUUAAAGAACUUUUAAUGGGUACUCUCUUUAGCACCGGAUUACAAUUACUACUAAAUCAUGUUAUAUGUAAUUUGAAGUCUGUUUUUGAUAUCCUACACAAAAGCAUAGCAAACAGAUUAAUUUUAUCCUUUUAUUAAAUGAUGACUUUGCUAAUUUUCAACCAAGUUUGCAUUAUUACAGUGUUAUAAUGUAGUAGCUAUAGGAAUGGUCAAUCAUCAAAUGACAUAUUUUUCACCAUUUGACAGAUAUUUCCUGAGAAAUAAUUGGGGAUAUCUCAGUGCGGGUAACAUGUAGAAGUAGUACAAAUCAUACAACAUUGUAACAAUAUAAAGCUGGUUGAAAAUUGCGUAAGUUGAAAGAAUGUAAACUAUCGAUUCUGUAGAAUAGGCGUUAAUAAUAAAUAAACAUAAUUACUUACAGUG